UGACUUGUAGUCAAUGUUAGGUUAAAACAAUGAGAUAUGUGCAAUAAUAAAAGGGAAUAUCUCAUCAUAUUAAAGUUCUUUGCUUUUGGCGGAAGUGAGCCUCCAUACAUCGCUCCAGAGCAGAUCCAGAUGUGGAUUUAGCUGAUCCUUCCUCUCAAGUUCCCAGGGCUUUUUCAGCCUGGAUCUCCACCGGGGGGAGGGGGGGGGGUUGAUGUGCUCCAUAGCCAGGGCUCGGUUUCUGCUUGAUUACCUAAUUAAUUCAUAGAUCCACCUUAAAAACAGGGUAAUCCCGGGGCUGGUCCCUCCCUCUCUAUCGCGGUCUCCAGCACCAGUUCACCUCCCUCUGCCUCUCUCUCUCUGCUUCGCUCAGUUGCCCAGCUCGCCCAGGAAAAGCUGAUCCGGACGUUGGGUCUUUUCUCUGGUCCUGGUUUGAAUGUGUCGGACCCCCCUCCCUCCCUCCUCCUCCCCCAGUCCCAGUCCCACCCACCGCUCUGCAACACACCACCACCACCAGUGCUCAUUUACUGGAUCUGCUCUUUGUUAUCAGAGCCUUUCCCUCCUCUGCUUUUUAUUUCAGGAGAGAGAGAGAGAGAGAGAGAGAGAGAGAGAGUGAGAGAGAGAGAAAGAGGGGGGAGUUUAUUUUUCCCUUUUAACGGAUUGAUUUCUGACUGAAUCUGGAUCUGGGUUGUUUUCCUUCCUCGGGGGGGCCGCCGCUGCAGGGACCGGAGCACCGACGCUUCUACGAAUGUAAUUACUGUCAAAUAAACUGGUUUUAAACGUCGGAACAAAAAAGAAAAGAGGGGGGACGCUGAAGAUUUUUUUCGCCCCCCUCUCUCCCCCUCCACCUCGGUCUGUCAAUCAUUUUUCCACCACUGCAGUUGUCAACUUGGAGCCCUGCUGGGAAAUGGACAAACCCCUCUAAAUCGAAGACGCUUUGCUCGCCCUCACCGACAACAAACCACAAGGACGUGAUUUUGGACGAGGAUUUCUCCCCCGGAGAGCGGAGAGAGCGACAGACCAGAGGAACAUGUUUACCCCCUGUUUCCAUGGUAACUGAGAGGAGCAUGCACACCCAGGUCCAGGAGUUCAUCUCAGUGUUCGUCUUUUCCGCCUGCCUCCUGUGAGAACUACACUACCCACGAUUCCUGUUCCCUGUUGAGCUGACGACCCACAGUGUGAAGUUUAGAUCAGUUCAACAAAGACACUCCGAGGAACAACAACAACUACUACAACAACAACAGCAACCACCACCACCACCUAACCUUCUGUGAAGAGGACAUCACAACAUGGCCAACAACACGGCGGACCACCCUCCGGGGAAUUCGGUUGCCGAGGGCAACCAUGACGGGGACUUUGGGAUCUCCAUGACGGAUCUGAGGGGCCUGAUGGAGCUGCGGAGCGCCGAGGCCGUCAACAAGAUUCGGGACACGUACGGAGACGUGCAGGGCAUCUGCCGCCGCCUGAAAACAUCACCGAUAGAAGGUCUGUCUGGUAACCCUGUCGAUCUGGAGAAACGUCACACAACAUUUGGAAAAAACUUCAUCCCCCCCAAGAAGCCCAAGACGUUCCUGCAGCUGGUGUGGGAGGCUCUGCAGGACGUCACGCUUAUAAUCCUGGAAAUCGCUGCCAUCAUCUCGCUCGGCCUGUCCUUCUACCAUCCACCAGGGGGCGACAGUGAAGCAUGCGGCCAGGUUGCAGGUGGGGUCGAGGAUGAGGGCGAGGCCCAGGCCGGCUGGAUCGAGGGCGCCGCCAUCCUGUUCUCGGUCAUCAUUGUGGUCCUGGUGACGGCCUUCAACGACUGGUCCAAGGAGAAGCAGUUCCGUGGGCUGCAGAGUCGCAUCGAACAGGAGCAGAAGUUCACCGUCAUCCGCAAAGGCCAAGUCAUCCAGAUCCCUGUGGCUGAGAUUGUGGUGGGAGACAUCGCUCAGAUCAAAUACGGAGACCUGCUGCCUACUGAUGGGAUCCUGAUCCAAGGCAACGACUUGAAGAUUGACGAGAGCUCUCUGACUGGAGAAUCCGACCAGGUCCGCAAGUCUCUGGAGAAGGACCCCAUGCUGCUGUCCGGAACCCACGUGAUGGAGGGAUCAGGCAGGAUGGUGGUGUCAGCCGUCGGCCUCAACUCUCAAACCGGCAUCAUCUUCACUCUGCUCGGCGCCAGUGAGAACGACGAAGAGAAGAAGGUCAAGAAAAGUAAAAAACAAGGACCCCCCGAAAAUCGCAACAAAGCUAAGACCCAGGACGGCAUCGCCCUGGAGAUCCAGCCCCUGAAGAGCGAGGAGGCCGCCGAGUUGGAGGAGAAAGAAGAGAAAGAGGAGGCCAAACCAGUGAAGAAGGUCAACGUGACCAAGAAGGAGAAGUCUGUGCUGCAGGGCAAACUGACCAGAUUGGCUGUGCAGAUUGGGAAAGCUGGUCUGAUCAUGUCGGCCGUGACCGUCAUCAUCCUCAUCCUCUACUUUGUGAUCGACACCUUUGGGAUCCAGGGUCGGGCCUGGGUGGCCGAGUGCACCCCCAUCUACAUCCAGUACUUUGUCAAGUUCUUCAUUAUUGGCGUGACGGUGCUGGUGGUGGCCGUUCCUGAGGGGCUGCCGCUCGCCGUCACCAUCUCCCUGGCCUACUCUGUCAAGAAAAUGAUGAAGGAUAACAAUCUGGUGCGUCACCUGGACGCCUGCGAGACCAUGGGCAACGCCACGGCCAUCUGUUCGGACAAGACGGGCACGCUGACCAUGAACCGGAUGACGGUGGUGCAGGCGUACAUCGGUGACACACACUACAAAACCGUCCCUGAACCGGACGCCAUCAAACCUGAGACUCUGGAAAUGAUGGUCAACAGCAUCUCCAUCAACUCAGCGUACACCACCAAGAUCCUGCCUCCAGAGAAAGAAGGCGGCCUGCCCCGCCACGUGGGCAACAAAACCGAGUGUGCUCUGCUGGGCCUAGUGCUGGACCUGAAGAGGGACUACCAGCCAAUCAGAGACGAGAUCCCAGAGGAGAAGCUCUACAAGGUCUACACCUUCAACUCCUCCCGUAAGUCCAUGAGCACGGUGCUGAAGAACGCAGACGGAGGCUUCCGCAUGUACAGCAAAGGAGCGUCGGAGAUCAUCCUGAGGAAAUGCUCUCGUAUCUUAGACGCCCAGGGCCAGCCCCGGGUCUUCAAGCCGAAGGACCGUGACGAGAUGGUGCGCAAGGUGAUCGAGCCGAUGGCGUGCGACGGGCUGAGGACCAUCUGCGUGGCCUACAGGGAAUUCCCCGCCGAGGCCGGAGAGCCAGACUGGGACAGUGAGAACGACAUCCUGAACGAGCUCACCUGCAUCGCCGUGGUCGGAAUCGAGGACCCCGUCAGACCUGAGGUACCCGAGGCUAUUUCCAAGUGCCAGCGUGCAGGCAUCACUGUGCGCAUGGUGACUGGAGAUAACAUCAACACCGCCCGCGCCAUCGCAACCAAGUGUGGCAUCCUGCUGCCCGGGGAGGACUUCCUGUGUCUGGAGGGCAAAGAGUUCAACCAACAGAUCAGAAACGACAAGGGAGAGGUGGAACAAGAGCGUCUGGACAAAGUUUGGCCCAAACUGCGUGUUCUGGCUCGUUCAUCACCGACAGACAAACACACUCUGGUCAAAGGCAUCAUUGACAGCACAGUGGGUGAAACCCGACAGGUGGUGGCAGUGACAGGAGACGGCACCAACGACGGCCCCGCCCUCAAAAAAGCCGAUGUUGGCUUUGCCAUGGGAAUCGCCGGCACAGAUGUGGCGAAGGAGGCGUCUGACAUCAUCCUGACCGACGACAACUUCACCAGCAUCGUCAAGGCCGUCAUGUGGGGGAGGAACGUCUACGACAGCAUCUCCAAGUUCCUGCAGUUCCAGCUGACCGUCAACGUGGUGGCCGUGAUCGUGGCGUUCACCGGCGCCUGCAUCACACAGGACUCUCCUUUGAAGGCCGUACAGAUGCUCUGGGUGAACCUCAUCAUGGACACUCUGGCAUCUCUCGCUCUGGCCACUGAGCCGCCCACCGAGUCUCUGCUGCUGCGUAAACCUUACGGCCGCGACAAGCCCCUCAUCUCCAGGACCAUGAUGAAGAACAUCCUGGGCCACGCCGUGUACCAGCUCGUCAUCAUCUUCACCCUGCUCUUUGCUGGUGAGACGUUUUUCGACAUUGACAGCGGCCGCAACGCCCCCCUCCACUCGCCACCAUCGGAGCACUACACCAUCGUGUUCAACGUGUUCGUCAUGAUGCAGCUCUUCAACGAAAUCAACGCCAGGAAGAUCCACGGAGAGAGGAACGUGUUCGAGGGCAUCUACAGGAACCCCAUCUUCUGCAGCGUCGUACUGGGGACCUUCGCCCUGCAGAUCAUCAUCGUUCAGUUUGGAGGGAAGCCGUUCUCCUGCACGGCUCUGACCAUCGACCAGUGGCUGUGGUGCGUGUUCAUUGGCGUGGGAGAGCUGCUGUGGGGACAGCUGAUCUCGGCCAUCCCAACCCACCACCUGAAGUUCCUGAAGGAGGCGGGCCACGGCAUCACAAAGGAGGAGAUCCACGAGGAGGAGCUGACGGAGGGCGCCGAUGAGAUCGACCACGCCGAGAUGGAGCUGAGGAGAGGCCAGAUCCUCUGGUUCAGAGGUCUGAACCGCAUCCAGACGCAGAUUAAGGUGGUGAACGCGUUCCGUAGCUCCCUGUACGCGGGGCUGGAGAGCCCAGAGUCCCGUAGCUCCAUCCACAGCUUCAUGGCCCAUCCCGAGUUCGUCCCCCUGUCCGAGGAGGAGGCCCGCAUCCCCCCCAUCGAGGAGACUGGAGAUGAGAUCGACCCCCUCCCCAGCCCCUCCUCUGGGGCGAUGGGAGGAGGAGAGCCACCCUGUGCUUUCCGCCACAGCCGCGAGUCAUCUAUCUGAGCUCCUCCUCUUUCCUCCUCCUCCUCCUCGUCCUCCUCCUCCUCCCUCCUCUUCAUCAGCAUCAUAUGUCAUCCCACCAACUGAACUGUCGCACUGAGGAGGGAAGUCAUCGCUCUGCUCAUCCCCUCAUCCCGCACGCACACAUGCUUCACAUCGUCUUCACCCCCCGCCCACGCCCCCGCCGCCUCCCCCUCAGUCAUUCCUGCCACGUUGUGUUUUUCAUACUGACUGUGGCGUUGCUCUGCCUGUAAGUCUGUCCCGCCACCACCUUCACCUCCACCACAAAAACACACAAAUCAGUAGAGGGUGGAAUCCAGAUUCUCCACAGUGGAAGGCCUGUCCCUGUUUUUUUGUCCAUUCAUGUAUAUUUUUUACUUGAUGAUCCUUUUGAAAAGCUUUUAAAACUAUGUUGGGUUCAAUCUCUUGUUUUUUUUUUUUUUGCGGGGGACUCGCAGCAGCAUGUCGUGUUCUGUAACUCGCUUCAUUCCUGCGUAAUGCUCUCUCAAAAACCGCACCGAACUUUUCAAAAAGAGUGCAGUGAUUCUCAUGUACAUACGCUUCCGCUCUUCUUCUACACAGCUAACAGCCGGGUUUGGUGAUCAGAAGAUUUGUAGGCAAAUGCAAAAAUGUAACUUUUUCUUUUCUUUUUUUUUUUUUUCUUAUUUUGUAGAUGUUGAGCAUUUGUUUGUUUUUAAAAACCUCUAACGAAUGUUAAUUGAUGGUUGAUUCAAACUCCUGAGAAUGUCUUGUGAGUGUGACACUACGGUCUUCAAGGUUCAACUGUUAAAAAAAUGUUCUUCCCUUUAUCGUGUCUGUAUGUGUUGGUUUCUUUUUUUUUCUUUUUUUUAGCUGCUGUUGUUAGAUGUUGGAUAAGACAGAAUGUUUACGACCCAAAAAUAUCGAACAUGGCGGCGUUCCAGAGAGGGCUCGCUUUCUGCCCAGUGGGAGUCUGACCUCAUCUCAUCCAGUCAGGGUCCUGGUUCUCUCUGCCCCCCUUCCACCCACUCCACAACCUCCCCCCGCCCCCCAACCACACGGUGUUGAUAGGAAACAGUGUGGAUCCUGUUCUUGCUCCCCCUCUAAGUAGGAUGCAUGUUAUGUUUCAUUCGUGUUGAGUCGCAUGAUGAUAACUUAGGAAUGAAUAUUUGGGAUUCUGUUUAGUCGACCAUCUGUGUGUUCGUCUGCAGCAGCGUCUGUUCGGAGCUCCGUCAAACUUCCUGUCUGUAGGACCGAACAUCCUGUUACGCGACAGGACAGAGACAGACUCGUCAAUACUCAGCUAACGAAGAGGAAACUGUGGCAGGACAGUUGAAGCCCUGCUGUACUUGACAGCAGAGCAGUGGGUGUUCCACACGUCGGCGUGCGCUCGUAGGCGAGAACAAUCUGCGUCCAGUCCACGUGGUCCUGAAUUUUAGCAGUUCGUUGUGGGAAGGUGAUUCACCCGUACGUGCAGGGUUGAAAGGUGCCUAUCCCAGCUCAAACUGGGGGGAAAGGUGGGUACACCCCAGUUUGCUCUGGUCUUCUUCUCUUUAAAACAGAAUUUAAUCCAAAUCCGUCUGGGAUCAGUGUUAUCAUCACCAUCACAGUCUCAAACACUAUUUUUCUUGCAUUCCUGUCUCAUUCCUUUUUGUAUCUUUGGUGUCCCCCCCAUCCCCACCCUCUUGAAGUUUGUCAGCCAGUCAGAAAUCACACAAAUGCCGCCCUGUGACCAUGACACUGUGAGGCGACCACGCUAACCACUGCCCCACCGUGCCGUCCUCGUAGAUCCUUUCAGAUCUCGUGGACCCUUGCGACUACACGGAAUGUGUAAUUUGGGCUUUUUCUUUCAAUGCGGCGUCAAAGUCAAGCAAAUAUUUCACUCACGUCUUUAAGGUUUGGAGUCUCCAACCUGAACACUACUGCCACAGGAUUAGGUGUGUUCCCACUGCAGCCUUAUUUUAUUCAACUAUCCAUUUUGAAGUGGCAUCAGUUCACCUUUUCCACCGCCCAAUAAUGUCCUCUAGCUCCUCCUAUCCCGAGUACAUCAACAAGGAGGUGCCCUGAGCCCAGAGGAAACUCACUUCAGCCGCUCAUAUCUCAGUCUUUAAGCCAGAGCUCAGGACCACAGGUGAGAGUUUGGACAUAGAUCGACUGGUAAAUCGAGAGUGUCAUCUUCAGGUCAGUUCCCUCUUCACCACAUUGCUGCAGAAGCUUAUCUGAAUUGAAAAGUACUACGGUAUCGAUGAGUCUGUUUUGCAGGAAGUUCAGUCCGACAGACUGGAAGUUAACAGAUCUCCAAACAGGUUCUGGACUGUGUCUGUGUUUAAGACAAAUCUUAGUACCCACUUUUCUGAUUGUUUCCCUUGUUUGUCAGAUUUUACGAACAGAAGCUAAAUCAGCCGUCAGUGACAUCCCACAGCCAGCAGCAGAGGAGGUGUUUGAUCGCCAUCGUCAUCAUCAUCCCUCUCCGCUCUGCUGUGGUUUGAUUAACAGACAGUCAGUGUGGCGGCCACGCUGAGGUUUAUGGGAGACUGAUGAUUUCAGCCUGUAGAGUUAAAUCCACUGUGUGUUCCCCCGCUGCUGCUCAGUACUUCCUGCCUGCCGUUGUCUGCAGAUUACUGUCUUAAAAGAAGAAGGAAUCAUCCUCCAAUCAGAAGCAGCGAUGCGUCUAAUCCCCUCUUAGUCUGACUAGCAGCCAUCAACCAAUCUUUGAACUAGGACACGUUAUUGAAGUAAUGUGCUACUACUGCCAUAUUUCCAACUUUUUGUCAUGACUAGGUUCUUCCUCUCCCCUCUGAUGAGCUUUUUCUAUGUAACUCAGAGCCAUAUUUUAUAGGUUGUCUGUAUUGUUUUUUAUCUCAUUGUUAUCGAGGUUUCCUUUGGACUUUCUCACCCCUGACCCCCCUUUUCAACCACUCCCUCACACCCAUCGCCCUCCCCCCCAGCCUCGCCCCACCACCUCUCCCGGCCCUUUACUCCAAACAUGACCAAAAAGCAAGGAGAAAAUCUUCAGUCGUCACUGCCGAACCAAGUUUAAAGGACCUCUACAAUGUUUACAUGAAAAGCGAGUGUGUGGCAGUUCGCCUGCGCUUCUCUCAUCCGACCACUUCCCUUUCAUUCCCUUGCUUUCCUGAAUCUUAGAGUUACUAUUUAACUAAAUGGGGAAUCUUUCUUGCAUGGUUUUCAUAUAAAAUUCAAUGUUUUGCUCAUUUUUUACAAUUCUUCUGUAUUUUUAUAUUAAGUACUUUUUAAUAUUUUGGAGAUAUAUGAAUAUAUAUGUAUAGGCUGAAGAGUUUGGUGACAGUACAGUACAUGAAUGAGAUGAAUCUACCGUGGACUCUGUCUUUUUACAGCUCUCUAAAUAUUUAUGCCACGUGUGUCGUCUUGGUCACCUGAUGUUAGGGCUCAGAAACCUGCAGUGACUUGUUUACUUCCUGUUGGCCGUUAAAUUGGAAUCUCAACAAUCUAGUCUCAUCAGCCCCCUUUUACAUGAGUAUAAUCCACUUUAUCUAAGAUGUUGUGACACACUACACGCUAUGUGAUUUCGCAGUUAUCCAACUCCAUUAGAGUUCAGCAAAUGCAACGUGAAUACAGCUAACUGUAUCAAAACAUUAAAUGGGAGUGUAUAAUUAUUUAUCCAA